AUGGGCUUCGAAGACAAGAAGAUUGCGAUCAUUGGUGGCGGUUUAGGUGGAAUGUCGUUUGCAAAUGCUGCCGUCCAUGUGGAUUUGCAUAACAUCAGCCUCUACGAACAGGCUCCGAAGUUCACCGAGGUUGGUGCUGGUGUCAAUAUCACAAAGAAUGCAAAUCGCAUUCUGGACGCAUACGGCCUUAAAGAGUCCAUGACAUGGAAGUCCUCCCGAAAUCCUCCCUGCUAUAUGGAAUAUCGCAACUACAAAACAGGAGAGUAUUUGGGACAAAUUGAGGAAUUCGGCGAGCCGGCAUCGCGGCAAAUCCAUCGAGCACACUUGCUGGAUGUUCUCAAAGAACGUCUUCCCGCCUCAAUGUUACACACGGGCAAGAGACUCAGAUGGAUUCAAUUCAACGGCUCCCAGUAUGUCCUCGAUUUUGAGGACAAUACUGCCGCCAGUGCGGACAUCGUCAUCGGCUGUGACGGAAUUAAAUCUGUUGUGAGACAACAUCUAGGCAUCAUGGAUAGCCCCAAAUAUUCAGGUCAGAUGGUGUACCGGGGUUAUGUUCGCUACGAAGAUCUCUCGAAGGAGGCGGCGGACAUUUUUAGGAAGACUGUCGUUUUUCGUGGUCACAAGAAGCACAUUCUGACCCUACCAAUCGGAAAUGACGACUCUAAGACGGCUCGUAUUGGGGUGAUUGGUUUUAUGACUGAAUCAUUGGACUCUUGGACGUCGGAAAGUUGGUUGGCUUCGGCUCCUAUUGACGACCUUCAUGCACAUGUCCGAGACUGGGCAUCUCCCAUUCAAGAACUGAUUGCCGGACUGCACGCGUAUUCUCCAGACGGAACAAUGUUGAAGCAGACUCUAUAUGUGCGUGAUCCUAUCGACAAGUGGUAUCACAUUGAGGAGUCCAACUCUUCAUGCGGGAUCGUGUUGGUUGGGGAUUCUGUUCAUUCGACACUCCCUCACCAAGGCCAAGGAACUUGUAUGGCAAUUGAAUCUGGUAUUGCCCUUGCUACCAUCCUGCGGAGCUGGGCUUCCGACGAUUUGGAAGCGGCGUUUCGCUUCUACCAAGAUAUUCGCAAGCCUCGAACCGACAAGGUUACUAGGACAAGUUACGAGGCCGGAUUGCUUGCCUCAGCUGACCUACCAGACUCUUUUACCACCGACUUCAACCCGGAAGCGUUGAGAAAAAGGAUGGAAUGGAUUAUGGAGGAAGACGUUCUAUCCGAAGUCAUGAUCAAAGGUGCAAUCUUCUUCAGCAAGCAGCCUAGGAGUUCGGCCGGGCCAGAUUCCGCAGAAGCCCCUCUGCAGGCCAACUUAUGA